AUGGCAGACAUUGAACAGCAAGAGAUAGAUCCAUCAAAAGUGGUUCAGCGCCGACGAAGGCCUCCCCUUUCUUGCACAGAAUGUCGAAAAAGAAAAGUAAAAUGCGAUCGCUCAUUUCCAUGUGCACAAUGUGUUCGCUCCAAAACUGCCGAUAUGUGUGUUUUUGUUGGCUUGCCUGAUGCAUCCGAAUCCACAAAGAUGUCUCCACCACCUUCACGAUCGCGAUUACACGCCUCCAACAAGUCAGAGUCAAGUGGAAUCUUUGUCUUUGACUCCAAGUUGGGCCCUAGAAACAAAUAUAAUCGUGUUUCAAAAAGUAAUCCUUCAGAUGAACUACAUGAGCUGCAAAAUCGCUUGCGGGCUCUAGAAAAAACACUUCAAAAAUCAAAUUCAUCAUUUACGCCUGACAAUUCUGUCUACGAAGGGUCAUCUGAGAUCACAUCUAGUACAGAGGCCGUGGGGGUCGAUGAUCGAGUGCGCCAUUUGCCGGAUGUCAGUUUUCGAGGAAAGAAGGGGAAAACUCAUUAUUUUGGUCGAAGCCAUUAUACCACAACUGUUUCGUUUUUCCAAGAUAUUGGAUCCUUUCUCCGUCGUGUUGGACGUGAGAAAUACAAGGACAAAGAUAUUCUAGAUAUAAAAAGUUUCAAACGAGAAAAUCAAAUUCGGGAGAGCAGGGAGCACCAGGUCGCAUUUCAAGAACAUGCUUUCAAACUUCAUGAGUUAGUUCCACCCCGAAAAGUGGCCGAUCAACUACUCCAGCUCUAUCUGGAUAGCUUCGAGACUACUUAUAGAAUCUUGCAUAUUCCAACUUUUUUGAAAGAGUACAACGACUACUGGGCAAAUAACCAGCAACCCGAUUCAGCGUUUGAAGCUCAAUUACUUGCAGUUAUGGCGGCAGGAAGUUGCUUCUACAUACCCGUCCCCGAAGAUGAGGAGCGAGAGACAUACAGAAAGCCGGCGAUGAGAUGGAUCAUGGCGGUCCAGGUAGAGCUUUCUUGUACGUUUGUGACUCCUCGGAUCGAUUUCAAAAUGCUGCAAACAUAUUGUCUGCUUCUAGUGGCGAGACUAGCAACGGGUAACGACAUCGAUGUGGCUUGGGCUUCAUCGGGCUCACUCAUUCGGAUCGCCAUGGGUAUGGGCUUACACCGAGACCCAAAACGAUUCCGCAAGAAAGCUACGCCGUUCUGGUUUGAAAUGCGCCGUCGACUUUGGGCGACUAUCGUGGAACUUGAUCUUAAUAUUUCGCUUGAUCGGGGUUUUCUGCCAUAUACCGACCUGAAUGAAUGCGAUUGUGAUGCUCCAUCCAACUGGGAUGAUUCUGAAUUGUUCGAACAUCUAGAAGGCAACCCAGAUCCAGUUAGUACGGCGACUUAUACAUCAAAUUUCUACCAAAAUCUCCUCACAAGGACGUUAGCGUUACGGCAUCACAUUGCGAAAAGGAUAAACUCUUUGAAAUUUAACCUAUCCUAUGAUGAAGCUUUACAAAUCAGCGAGGAACUACUUCAACAUAUUCAGCAUGCGAAGUCUUUGUUCGACGAUAAUGAAUUUGGAUUCAAUAACGCCCAUAUGGCAAAGGACCUCUUCGCCCAAUCUUUCUAUUUACACAUCAUGCGCAAAACGCUACUUGCGCUUCAUCGACCAUUCUCACUUAGCGUUGUACGACUGCCAAAGUGCUCCUAUUCACGAAAAAUAUGCUUGGAAACAUCUCUCGAGAUGCUUUCUCAGAUGGAGCUUCCUUCUCCCUCGGAUCAAAUUUUGUGUCCAUACAUUACCCAACUUGGCAACGGAAUGUUCCGAGACGAGGCUUUCCACGCUGCCAUGACAGUCUGUGUGGAGUUGUCAUUACAGGCUCAUGAAAUGGGAAACUCCACAGAUUUUUCACUGGAGGGAAUCAAUUCCAGUGUUUUGGUGAGUAUGGUUCAGUCGCAACAGGCUGUCAUGCUACAGGCAGUUGAGCGUAUCCUGGAUGAUUUUGGACGACGAAUUGAUUCAGGUGGUUCUGGAUGCAAGCCAUACUUCUUCCUAAGCAUUAUCCUCAGCUCAGUCCAAUCACGUAUUAAGGGGGAGGAUCCACUGGCUAAGGUUGAAGCUGCGUCUAGAAGGGCGGUCAUGAUUUGCCGUGGAAUAGUGUCUGGGCUUUCAUAUUAUGAUGCUGUAAAAUAUGCAGACCGUGGGCCUGUACAAGUGUGUUUCCAUGGACCCCUCUAUCAUCAACAUGCUAACAUUCGAAAGGUUCCUAAUAUUACGCAGCUUACACCCAUUUCAGGGGAACCCGUGUCGAGUGAAUUUGAUACUAGCUAUAUGCUGUCGACAGAUUUUGACUUGACCCUCGAUUUUGAAGGCUGGUUCGAUAGUCUAAAUACGAGCGGAACGGAGACUUGGGACAAUGAUUUCUUCAACAAUAUGCCGAUUCAAUAA